AUGUGGCAAACGAUUAAACUCAUUGCCUCAUAUUAUUUUUUUGUUGGUUUAUGGUCAACUCUAACGGUUUUGAAUUUGGCGUUUUCUUGGAUCUUUCUUCGAAAACCGAUCUUUCAAAGGAAAUUUCAUAAAAGACCAACUGUUUUGGAUGAAGAUUGGAAUCAUCGAUUCAUUCAAUUAUCAAAAGUUCGUUUACACUAUGUAGAGACUGGAGAAGAGGGGAAACCGUUGAUGCUUCUUUUACAUGGAUUUCCCGAAUUCUGGUACUCAUGGCGAUUUCAACUCAAGCAUUUCGCAAAAGAUUAUAGAGUGGUGGCUGUUGAUCAGAGAGGUUAUGGGGAAUCGGAUGCUCCAGUGAGUAAAGAUGCUUAUUCGGCUGAUGAGAUAGCUGCUGAUGCGAAAGAAUUCAUCGAAGCAUUGGGCUAUAAAAAUGCGAUUGUAAUCGCUCACGAUUGGGGUGGUGCGAUCGCGUGGAGAUUGGCGGCUUACUAUCCACAAGCUGUCUCUCGAUUAAUCGUUCUCAAUUGCCCACAUCCACUUGCAAUGGGACAACUCUUUGGGAAAACAUGGAAACAAUUCCUUAGAUCUUGGUACAUGCUAAUGUUUCAAAGCUGUUCACUUCCCGAGUUCACCAUCGCUGCAAAUGAUUUCGGAUUCUUGGAUCAAAUUUUUCAAGGAAACCAUUAUGGUCUUAAAGUAAAUCCAAAGAAUUUCGAUGAGAUUGAUAUGGAAGCUUGGAAAUAUACAUUCUCACAACAAGGUGCUCUCACUGGACCGAUUAAUUGGUAUCGAUGUGCGAUGAAAGGGAAAUCGAGACUCUCAAAAAAUGAUCUAAUCAAGCCGCCAACAAUGAUCGUCUGGGGCACUGAGGAUGCUUUCUUGGUUAGGGAGGGAGCCGAUUUGUCGCUACAAUUCUGCGAGCGAGCUCGGCUUGAGUUUGUCGAAGGUGCAUCGCAUUGGGUUCAACAGGAUUGCCCGGAAACUGUCAACAAUCACAUUGAGGAUUUUCUUAGAGAA